CUUAAUGUAUGUCAUAAUUAUUAAAUUAUUUUGAUAUUUCAGUAUUUAUGAGAGCGUCUUAUUUUCUUCAUUUUUAUUUAUUUCAUCUCCAUCUCUUCUAAAUAGCGUGUUUCACGCUCCGCCGCCGACCUAACCAUGUCUGAUUCUACAACCACCGCAGUUUCAUCGCCGUCGCCAACUCUUCGCCGUCACAACUCAAUAACGGCGAUAACACCUAACGAAUUUCACCGUUCAGCAAAGAAGCCACCACUGCGUACAACAAGCUUAGAUUUGGAGCUUCUGUUACUCAAAUCUCCUUACACUUCAUACACAUCACUCAGAGACAUGCUUCCUUCGCCUCACGCUUCCGUUAAUUCUCCCACCGGUUCAUCGGCCGCCGUCAACUCCGGUUACGAGAUCUCAAUCCGCAACCGUCUCGUUAAGCAAGCUGCUUGGGCUUAUCUUCAGCCUAUGUCAUCUUUUCCAACAAACUCCUCCGCUCCUAAUUUCCUCAGCCGCCUUUGCCACCGAUUCUCUUCCGCCAAUUCAAUAACCUCUUGUUUCAGUUCAAUGGUUUCGGGUUUUACCCGAAUUUUUCGUCAAAUACUCCAAGCUUUCCGUGGCCAAGUAAGAGCAUGAUGGACCCUUAUUUUUCUUAUUUUAAUUUUAAUUUAUCAUUUUCCCAUUUGUAAAUAUAGUUUUAGUUUCAAUUGUUAUUAUGGCAUCAAAAUAAAGUUGAAAAUGAAUAAAAGAACAAAUUUGAUCACAAAAGACAAAA